AUGGUGACGGUUCGGGUCGACCAUCGUCCACCAGGGAGAAUCGAUCGCCGUACACGGGUCGACUCGCCUCCUUCGAUCUCGACGCGAACACGAUCACAACCGGUCUCUGCCUCAGUGAAUAGCGCGUCAACUGUAUGCACGGAAACGGAUUUCCGAUGUAACGACGGCAAAUGUAUACGGGCCGAAUGGAGGUGUGACGGGUCUGGAGACUGCUCGGACGGUGAAGACGAGAAAGACUGUCCUCAUCCUGGUUGCAAAGCGGAUCAAUGGCAGUGUGACAAGUACGAAUGGCACAGUGUCUCCUGUAUCGCUGAGUAUCAACGAUGUGACAACAUCACCGACUGUGCCGACGGUUCGGACGAAAAGGAUUGUCAUGGACGAACAGACUUUUGUGAAUAUGUCCGAAGAAGUAGUGACGGAGCAAGUAACGACUGUCGGGAUCUGAGGACUCCUGUUCCCACAACCAUACCGCCUGUUUCCAAUACCAAUUCCGGUGUGCCGAUCAAUCACAAUGUGUGCAGAAAUCGUGGGUAUGUGAUGGCUCCAAAGACUGCGCCGACGGCUCCGAUGAACCAGAAACCUGCGGUAGAGUUCAAAAAAUGUUCGGCCAGUGAAUUUCAAUGCAAGAACAAACGCUGUCAACCGAGGAAGUUCAAGUGUGAUUAUUACGAUGACUGUGGCGAUAACUCAGACGAAGAGGAUUGUGGCGAAUACCGUUGCCCACCGGGUAAAUGGCACUGCAACGGCACGGGACAUUGUAUCGACGAGCUUCGCCUGUGCGACGGUGUGAAGGACUGCGAAGAUGGCGCUGAUGAGCUCAGUUGUUCACAGAAUCUGUGUCCAUCGCUCGGCUGUCAAGCCGGUUGUCAUGCUUCACCGCAUGGUGGAGUUUGCACAUGUCCCAAUGGAUACAAACUCGACGAACGAUUUCACAGAACGUGCUCAGGUGAGAAUUUGACUGUAUGCCUUUGA